UGUAAUGUAUUAAAAUUGAAAAUUCUAAAGCACCGAUAUUAUGAACACGUUACUAAGAAGAGUAGUCGGUUUGUUAAAUAGAUCUCCGUUAAUUAAAGAUCGUCCAAGCGUACAAUUAAUCUUUGUCAACGAUAUUCAUAACAGUCACCGAAUUCUGUACAACAAACAUGAAAACAACAGCGAAAUCGUACCUUUCUAUUUCAAUGUUAACAAAAAGGAGAAAGAGACCUUUUUAGAAAUCAUACGAAUAUACAUGAGAGAAGACAAAAGUCGAAAGGGACAAUUGCACUUCAUUACGAUGGCAUUGAAGUACAUGGACGAAUUUGGUGUGAACAAGGAUUUGGAAACGUACAAGGCGAUAUUCGAUAUAUUUCCAAAAGGAAAAUAUAUUCCAGAGAACAGAUUUCAAAUCUUGUCAUUUCACUAUCCGAAGCAUCAGAACACAGCUAUAGCUAUACUCAAUAAAAUGGAAGAUAAUUUUGUUUUACCCGAUUACGAGAUGCAACAAAUGAUCCUAAACACGUUCGGUGACAAGAAUUUAGUUAUAAAGAAGUGUUGGACGAUGUUUUACUGGUUGCCGAAGUUCGCUGAAUUAAAUCCGUGGCCUGUUCCUCAUCCGACGCCAACAGAUCCCAAAGUACUUGCACAAAUUGCUAUGGAGAAAGUAUCUGGUGCAGAUCCACAGACUAAACUUACCAUGUACAGAACGACGGACGUACCGGAUGCGAUAGACGAUACUUGGAUCAUGUCUACUAUGAGCCAAACGCAACAGGAACUACUUGCUGCUCAGCCAACUGAUAAAUCAUUGAUAGUGGAGGGUCCUUUUACAGUUUGGGUCGACAAAUACUGUAUAGAUUAUUUUGUAUUAAAAGGAGAACCAAUUAAGAGAGAAGUCAUUUAUGGAGAAUAUGAUGAUAUAUCAGAUUUGAAAAUUCCAUUUUGGGAGAGGCACAACUUUAAGAUACCUGUUAAUGUUCACGAACAGGAAGACGGCGUAUAUUAUGCGAUGUGCGCGACGGGCACAUCUUCCAAAGAUUCUCUUUUAUCAUGGAUAAGAUGUUUGCAAAAAACAAAUCCAAUUUUAGAAAAAAUACCAGUGACUUUUAAACUUACAUCAAUGUUGGACGAAGGACUGUACAUCGAAACAUCUGAUACAAGCUCUAAUGUAAAACAAAUACCACAGGACACGGAUAGAGAGAAAUAGUUUAUUAAUUUAUGUAAAUAAAGUUGUUUGUACAGUA